AUGCACCUCUUCAUGAUCCUUCUUGCCUCGGGCCUUGCCACCACUCCCGUACUGGCGGCUCCUAUUGAGCGUCAAACCAGCAUUGAGUCCAGAUGGACGACUGCGAGCCCUGCCAUCACUUCCAAAGGUGAUGAGGAGCCCACUGAUGCAGUUGAUACGAUCGCUGUGAAGUCCAGAUGGGUGGCUUCCAGUCCCGCCAUCACCUCCAAGGGUGAUGAGGGCCCGGUGGCGGACAGUGAAGCCACCGAGUGA